CGGUGUUUUAUUGGUGUCAGACAUAUGUGUUGGAUAGUUGACAGACCUUCGAUAAGAAGAGCUGAACAUUUUAAUAAGUCAAGAGACAACCCAACACUUGCUUUUCUUUAUUAUCUCAUUGUCAAAGUUUAAAAGAGAUAUCAACAUGUGCUUGGUUCCUCAAAGUCAAAUCUUUUUUUCAUUUGUGAAAAAAAUGGUAUUUUGAAUAUCUUCAUCAAAAAUAGCAUUACCAAUCUCUAUUGCUAAUUUUGCCAUAAACCAUGAAGCUACAUGAAUGGAGUUAUGAUGUGUUCCUAAGUUUUAGAGGUGAAGAUACAAGAACAAGCUUCACAGGGUCUCUCUAUCAUGGUUUGCAUCAAAAGGGUAUCAAUGUUUUCAUAGAUGAUGAAAAGCUUAGAAGAGGGGAACAGAUAUCUCCAUCUCUUCUUACAGCUAUUGAACAAUCAAGAAUUUCAAUCAUUGUGUUUUCUCAAAACUAUGCAUCUUCUACUUGGUGUCUUGAUGAGCUUGUUAAGAUUCUUGAGUGUUGCAAAACAAAGGGGCAAUUAGUUUGGCCUGUUUUCUAUCAUGUUGACCCUUCUUUUGUAAGACAUCAGACAGGAAGUUUUGGAACAGCAAUGGCUAAACAUGAAGUCACAUUCAAGGGUGAUGUUGAAAAGUUGAGGAAGUGGAAAAGAGCUUUGUUUGAUGCAGCCAAUUUGUCAGGUUGGAGCUUAGAAAAAGGGUAUGAAUUUGAGCUUAUCCUAAGGAUUAUUGAGGAGGUCUCAAAUGAAUUAAAUCAAACCCUUUUGCAUAUUGCCGAGCACCCGGUCGGACUAGAAACUCGCAUAUCCGAAGUGAAAUCACUUUUGAAUAAUGAAUCUUGUGAAGAUAUUUGUUUCAUUGGAAUCCAUGGACAUGGAGGAAUAGGCAAAACAACAAUUGCAAGAGCUUUAUACAACUCAAUUGCUAAUCAGUUUGAAGUCACAAGUUUCAUUUCUGAUAUAAGAGAAAGUUCAACUCAACAUCAUGGCUUAGUUCAACUUCAAGAAUCACUUCUUUAUGAAACAGUUGGUGACAAGAACACUAAGCUAGGAAAUGUUAAUAAAGGAAUUCCUAUUAUAAAGAAAAGAUUAUGUUGCAAAAAAGUACUUUUGAUUCUUGAUGAUGUUGACAAACUAGAGCAGCUCGAAGCAUUAGCAGGCGGACGCGAUUGGUUUGGUUCCGGAAGUAAGAUAAUCAUAACAACUAGAGAUAAACAAUUGCUAGCUUCUCAUCAAGUAGAUAAAACAUAUGAAGUUAAGAAACUAAACCAUGAAGAAGCUUUUGAACUCUUUACAUGGAAUGCCUUCAAAAGCAAGGCACCUAUUGGAGGCUAUAUGGAGAUUUCCAACAAUGUUGUGUCAUAUGCUGAGGGACUUCCAUUGGCUUUGAAAGUAAUGGGAUCAAAUUUGUUUGGUAAAUCAGUUGAGGAAUGGAAAUCUGCAUUGGAAAAAUAUGAAAAAAUUCCUAGUAAAGAGGUUCAAAAUGUACUUAGAGUAACUUAUGAUAAUUUAGAAGAGAAUGAAAGGGAAAUUUUCUUAGAUAUAGCUUGUUUCUUCAAGGGAGAGACAAUGGAAUAUGUUGAGAAGACACUUCAAGCUUGUGGUUUCUAUCCGAAAUUCGGCAUAAGUGUACUUAUUGAUAAAUCUCUUGUGAGUGUUGAUGAAUAUAAUAGAUUGAAAAUGCAUGAUCUGAUACAAGACAUGGGUAGGGAAGUUGUUAGAGAAGUUUCGCCGUUAGAGCCUGGAAAACGCAGUAGAUUAUGGUAUCAUGAAGAUGUUAUUGAAGUACUAACUGAAAACUCGGGUACUUAUAGAGUUCAAGGAAUGAUGGUUGAUCUCCCUGAUGAAUAUAUGGUGCACUUGAAAGAUGACUCCUUCAAAAAGAUGAAAAAUCUUAAAAUUCUUAUAGUUAGAAAAGGACAAUUUUAUGGAAGCCCUCAACAUCUUCCAAAUAAUUUAAGGUUGCUUGAUUGGAUGGAAUAUCCUUCAUCAUCUUUACCAUCUUCUUUUCAUCCAAAGAAACUUGUUCUACUUAACUUGUCGCGUAGUCGCUGUACGAUGCAAGAACCAUUCAAGCAUUUGGAUUGUUUGACUUCUAUGGAUUUGAGUCAUUGCGAAUUCUUAACUAAGCUACCUGACACUUCUGGUGUUCCAAAUUUAACAGAACUAAAUCUUGACCAUUGUACAAAUCUAGAAGAAGUUCACGACUCUGUUGGAUUCCUUGAUAAACUCAUUGAGUUGAGAGCUUAUGGGUGCACUAAACUUAAGGUUUUGCCAAAUUCCAUCAAAUUGACAUCAUUGAAAAGUCUAAUUCUCAAUUGGUGUUCAAGUCUUAAAAAAUUCCCAACAAUUUUGGAUAAAAUGGAUAAUCUCAUAUCUAUUUCAAUUGAAGGAACUAGUAUUGAAGAAUUGCCUCCUUCCAUUGGAAAUCUUGUUGCUCUUCAAGAAUUAAGCAUGACAUCUUGCUUGAGUCUCAAGCAACUUCCAGACAACAUUGAUAUAUUGCAUAAUCUUAAAAACCUUGAUAUUGAAGGUUGUCCACAACUAAGAAAUUUUUUGACAAAAUUUAGAGAAUUAGAACAAUCUAACCUUACCUAUGGUAAUGUUCAAUCACUUAAUCUAGAAGAUUGUGAUCUUAUAGAUGAAGAUAUUCCCAUAAUUUUCAAGUGUUUCCCAAACUUAGUAUCAUUAGUCCUUUCAGGAAAUAAUUUUGUAACUCUUCCAAGAUGCAUACAAGAAUAUUCUUCCUUGCAAUUACUUCACAUUGACAAUUGCAAACAACUCCAAGAAAUUUCAUGCAUUCCUCCCAAUUUACAAUUCAUUAAUGCAAGAAAUUGCGUAUCAUUGACUUUGGAGUCGUCAAACUUGUUACUAAGCCAGGAAAUAUUUGAAGCAUUUCAGUUACAAGUUAUGGUUCCUGGAAAAAGGAUUCCAGAAUGGUUUGACCAUUACACCAAAGGAGAAUAUAUGACCUUUUGGGUGCAAAACCAAUUUCCAGAAAUUAUUUUAUGCUUUGUUCUUGAAAUAGAGAGUGAAAUGAAGAAGAGUUUCGCUUGCGAAAUUCGGUUCUACAUUAACAGUGAGGAAGUUUAUGAAUUGGAAAUUCCAAUUUCUUUUUCAUCAUUGGUGACAGAUCAUGUAUGGUUGUAUGAUUUGAGGACUAGUCCAUCUAUUCAAUGGAAUGAUCUUAAAUCAUAUUUAGUUGAUGAUUGGAAUCAAAUUGAAAUUUCUUGUGAGAAAAUAAUUGAUCCAUCAAAUUUGACUAUAAGUUGGUGUGGAAUUCAUGUAUGUAGUAGGCAAGAAGCUAGCAUGAAGGAUAUAUUAUUUGAAGAUCCUGAUCUUGAUUUUGAUUCAAGCAAAGAAAAUGUGAAGAUUGAUGAUGAUUUGGAUAAAAACAAUGAAGAAAGUAUAAAGUCAAUUGAAGAUUUCCAAAAGAAUUUAGAAGGUUGUGAAAUACUAGAUAGGAAAAUAGAGAACUUGGAAGAUUCUAGUAUUGUUGCAUGCCACAAUGACAUGGAUCAUAAUGAAGAUAAUAUUUUAAUGCAUUCUAAAACAUUGGAUGGUGUUAGUAAAGAUUCAAUGGCUAUAGUGUGUUAUGGAAGCAACAAUAAUGUCAAAGAGUAUGGAUUAAACAUGGUAGUUGCUGAUCAUCAAUCAAAAGCUCAGCAAAAAGCCAAAGUCAUAAAUUUUAUACAGACACCAAAUGCUAUAGAAGAAGCAUUUUAUGCUAAUCUUGAUGAUGAAGAAAUGGAAUCAUUUUAUGCUAUUCUUGAUGCUGAGACUUCACAUUCCAAUGAAAAAGAAGUGUUUUCUGAAUUCUCCAAAAUGCCAAGUGAAAAGACCAAGAAAGCUUUGAAGACACUUAAAGACUUUCUCAACAUUGAUUUUUCUGUUCUUUUAAGGCCUAGUGAGUACAAUACCAUGAAGGAUACAUUAGAUUACCUCACAAAUUUACCUGUAGAAGAAGGGAUAUCUAUUGAAAUAAGAUCAUUGGUUAUAGAAGUUUCAAAACAGUUCAAUCAUUGGAGUUAUGAUUACAAAUAUGAAAACAAGAAGAUAGAGUAUACAGAAGCCAAAUUGUUGAAAGUUGAUGAAUUGGAAGAGGGUCUUGAAGCUAACAAGACCCUUUUUAGAGAAGUUAAGUAUUUGGAAAGUGAUUUGAGUAAUGAGUUAGUUUAUUUGGAAGAAAGGAAAAAAGAGUUAGAAGAACAAAUAAGUGUUGUUAAAGCUAACAUAUGUGCUUCACAAGGUGCAAAGAAUAUGGCUAUUCAUACAAAGAAAGAAAUAUUUGAAAAAGGAAAGAUUCUAAAAGUUCAAAGAGAUGAGUUAAGGGAAGAAGUAGAUAGUUUGAGAGAUGAGAAAGAAUUGGCUAAAAAAAUUCAACAAAAUAUAAGAGAUGAAUGGUCAAAGCUGGGUGAGAAAUUUAGUAAUAGUAUAAAGCAUGAAAAGUGAUAUAUGUCUUCUACGACGGUAAUUAAAACCAAAUCGCACUGAUCUGUAUGACCAAAAACCAGUUUCGUACUAAAAUCGGGGAUUUAAUCCGUUCCAAGGGUUGAACUAGAUUUUUUUUUAUUUUGACAUUUUUACUGAAAAAUUGUAAAAAUAAAUGUUCUUUUGCAAUUAUUUUAGUCCUCUCCGGGAAAAUCUUAACAUACAUGAUAAAGUCAUGUACUAAUUCUCAUUUUUAAUUGAUAUAAGACUUUAACAAGUAUAUUACUAUAUGUGACUUCUUUUAUUUUGGUGUGAUCUUUGGUUGGAGGGGCGGCGCUCUGCGAGAGAUUUAGUAGAUUGUUUGGGAUAACUAGUAAGAAAAAUGAGUCGAUCAGAUCUAGAUGGGAUAUUGAUGGGGGCGGGUGGUGUUAGUGAAGAUGAUCGUUUCUAUUGGAGGAGGAUUUGUUGCGUGAAUGUUGUGUUUUGCUAUCUAAUGUUUUUUUGCAUGAAGGUUUUCUAGAUAGGUGGUCUUGGAGACUUGAAAAUAGUGGUGUGUAUUUAGUCAAAAGUGCAUACUCGACAUUAUCUAACGAAGUGGAGGUUGGAGAUUUGCCCUUGAUCAAAUUCAUUUGGAACAAGGCGGUUCCUCUGAAAGUGGAACUUUUUGCUUGAAGAUUAUUUAAUAAUCGCAUUUCUACAAAGGAUAACUUGACAAAAUGUGGAGUAGUGAAUUCAUAUAAUUCUGUGUUUUUUGGGAGUGGUGGUGAUGAGAGUGGGCAACAUUUAUUCUUUGAUUGCUUCUUUUUUGGUUUAGGUGUGGAAUACAAUGUUGAAGUGUUUGAGUGUGUCGAGUACACUCCAACAAAAUGCAUUUUGUUAGGAUCAACAAUUUUGUGAUUUAUAUCUAUUUAACAAGA